UAGGCUACAGAAUGGGAGUUGCAGCUUACCGGAGAGACGCGCGGGCUGCUGUUAGCGCAGAAUGGCAAUGACUAACGGCUUACUACCAUGGCACUGCUACCGGCUGUGAUUUCUUGGAUACCCCAUUCGUUGUGAAUAACGAAGGCUUGGUUCUGUGCUGAAGGCCUAUGUCCGGAUUCUGGUACUUCCGCUGGGUGGUAAGUCCGAGAACGGAGGGGAAUGCGAACAUCAUGGUGACCUAAUGCUGUCUGAGGCUAAACCUCGUUCAUUCACAAAGGAAAUCCCAUAAAGCUGUGUGUUGAAGGGUAUUCUCGCUCGUUCCUGUACACAGCCGGUGUGAACAGGCAGGAGUAAAGCGUCUUGUAGAUAUUGAUGUUAGGCCAUUGACAACUCGCCACAACAGCCAAGUCCCUUCGUGUCUGCUGAGGGAAACAAAAAUUACGUCGGCCGUGAGAUUUUUGAACAAAUAUUUUAGACAUUAUGGUAAAUUGUUGGCACACCACGUUAUUGCCCUGUGUGGCGGUCUUGUUCGUGUUGUUUCCACACUGGACACUGGCUGACAACACUGGAUCAAACUUGGACCAACUGUCCCUAGUUAGGAGGCUCGGCAGGUCAUUACAGGUCCAGCCCACCGAGAACAAACACGGCAAAACUUUGAGCCAAAAAUCUGUGUCAUUACCUGCGAAUAAAACUAAGAAUGUGUCAACGAACUCAACUUACUGGGUAGACGAGGACGCUCCGACGCAACACCUGAGGAACGCCGCUGAGGAAGAGGUGCCCCCUUCCCCGGUGGAGGAAGGUGUUAAUGAACAACAACCCAAAGAACUUCCCAUCGCUCUGAUCAUUGCUAGCCCUGUUGUGGCCGUCUUUAUCAUUGUAUUCGUCUGCGUGGCUUACUACUGUCAUUCUGCCCAGCUUGACGCCAGGGCACGGGAACUGGCCAUGCGCCUAAAAGCUGAUGAAGAAAUGGCACAAGUGAUGGUACAGGCCCCACGGCCUGUGAUCGUUCCUCACGACAACACGGACAUGGAGGCCGAACACACCAGCCUGCGGAGUGUCAAAACACAGACAUCUUCCGAGUCUAAGCGCGGGUAUACGCUGGAUAUGGAAAUGGUUCCCCUGUGACUUGGCCUCGGAAGACGUUUACGGGAUGCGGAUAUCGAGGGCAUGCGGAUAUUCAGAUUGUUUCAGCAGUAUGGCUAUAUUAUUACGAAUGUGAGUAUUCAGUGGCGGGCCCUAGGGCCACCGUAUGUUUUCGACGAAGGGGAUUGUUCAUGCCUGCGGAUUCCGGGGACACUGUGGUUGCCAUGGUGAUAACAACAUAACCAAGAUGGGCACUCAACCUUGGAAUACCUGUCAGUGCCCUACGAGCCCUAUCAGAGGAGAAUGGUAUAACGCUUGUAAUACAAUCAUCAGUGUGCAGCGUGUUGAUAUUUUACCCGAAACAACAACAACAACUAUGCAGAAAUUCACGUGAAGUCACGUUGUCGAGUGCUGCCAAUUGACCAGAAAGCUAUGCAGUUCUACAAAAUCGUGUAUUUCAAGUGCUAACGAAAUCCCUUUCAAAGUGAUGGUGCAAUGUUUGGAUACUGAUGCAGCGGUAAUGUUCUGUUAAUUGACUAACGGAAUGAAGAGUAUCUUGGUUACAACUUCUCCACGCGUCAAAGCCUAGCUGGGAGUUAAAGCAAUAAUUAGAAUGCAUUUGUUAUAAUCUCUCUCUCUCUCUUUUAAAACUACCAGGUAGCUGUCUACUCUUCCAAGUAUACAUUUGUCCUUCUUAAUGGAACACUUACCACCUAAUUGUUGGCACCACUCCAGUGGUCUGUAAUGGAACACUUACCACCUAAUUGUUAGCACCACUCCAAUGGUCUGUUUCAGUUAAUUUUUGUUUUCUAUUAGGUACACUUUUAAAAUGUGAUAAUUGUAUAUAUCUUAUUAAUGAAAUUAUAUAUGGUAGGUCUAUCGGAACCCGAUAGAGAGCUGGACGCUGUAAUUAUAUAGACGUUUUGAUUAAUCCUUUGUGCUGAGGCAAGGGCGAAAUCCAUGUAAUUGAAUCGGAUAAAGUAUAUAUGGGAACAUGAGGAUGAAGGGCGUAAAGUCCCGAACUGGCCCCAUACUAUGUGUAUGUAUGUGACAACCUUUCAUUCCGGAAGGCAGGCUAAGUCCACAAAAUACCAUUAUCAUGUUGCUAUCGACUGUUCGCCGUGUUGUACUUUCGGAACGGCUCGUACGGCAUGAGAGAGGGUAAGUAAAUGAGCUGGAUUAUUUUACAUAACCAAUGCUGUUUUGUCUGAAUGAUGAUAUCCUUUGAAAUCAAAGUAGACAAGUUACACAACAAAAACGGUUAGGGUGAUGUCAGCUCAGAGUGGCAGAACUUCCAAAGCAGUGGACUGUGCAAAACCAUCGAACUUCUUGUUAGUUGGGCGAAAACUUAAGCCAGUUGCAGUCGGAAAUUGGAAUGGAUAAGCUUGGAAUAUCUGGUGUCGGGAAAGUAUGUCAUUCCAAGAAUUUCAAAUUCGUGUUUUAACAACGACCAUGUCAGCUGUUUUAUGCUGGCGCAAAUGUAAUACCUCUACGAUCCUAGCAGCGCGACCUUCAUUUACUGUAGAUUUGCCUUGCUUGGAAACAGUGUCAUGGGUGCCAAAUGCCUGAUUUACCAAUAUACUAUGGACGUCUGCACAUUAACUGCUUUGACCUUUCGUAAUUACCACCAGACUAGAGUGUAGUUUGUAUCCUUUUGAAAUCUGAAUAUCAUGAGUAUCCUGGGAAGUUUGUAGAGUUUAUUACCAUCAGUGCCAGCAAAUCAAUUUCCAGUUAUAUUCUGUUCACUAAUCAGACCUAAGAAAGCUGUACGAUUUUUUUAUAUGAACCUCAUACAACAUACACAUACAAGAAUUAGACCGCACAACUGUUUGGUUGCCAUUCGAUGCUCUUACAUCAGCUGAACAUAUGUUCAGACUACACAGACUGGCCACCACACUGGCUGGAGCCUCCAGGUCUUUGAUGUCUGCGAUGCAUUGUGGAUGUGUGAACCCCAGUCUUGUGUUGUUUGGAACCGACUAUGCCAUUGUGCACUGUAUUCCCACUCUCUUGCUGAUUUUACUGAGCUGUUGUCGUUUGACAAAAUGACACCAGCAGUAUAGAGCAGGGGGCCAGGGUUGUGAAUAUCUGUGUGGUUAUUCCACGCCACAUUAAUCAAGAGGGUUAGACGUUACCUAUGUGCACAUUCAUACAUACUGCUAGUCUUAUAUAUAUAUGUACAUAGACUUUCAACCGCCUUAUUGCCACAAUAUACGUGGACGACACUUCACUUGUGCAUUUUACACGAUUGUAUAUAUAUAUAUAUAUAGGUUUGAUAGUUACUAUUUAAACAGGUGUUUUUGAUCUCUGAAUGGAGAUAAAAUAAGUGGAAAAUUUGCAAAGCCUGCCGUGUGAUGUGGAUAUCAGUAUAUCACUGUGUGGUAUACCUUCCCGCGAUAACAUAUUGAUAUACUCGUUGACCUGUGCACAUUAUUGACUCGUUAUUAUAUACAGGGCUGUCAAUAACACCUUAUGCCACAGAUUGUGGUAUGAUCGGCUUGUUGGUAGUCUCCUCCUGUGCUCUCAGAAGCAUCAUCGAUACGAGAGACCCCCAUCUGGCGUUUGUAAUGCUAUAUAUCCGCACCUCACCAGGCACAUGACCAACUGUCGCCGACACAUGCUGGCUGUCGGGAUAUCACAUAUUCUGAUU